CUCGUCGCCGCCGCGAGAGCGCGCUGGUGCCCUUCCAACAUUGGCUCUUGGGCCUGAAACUGAGUCAAGAUGGUGCGGUACAGCACUGACCCCGAGAACACAACCAAGUCGGCGCGAGCCAAGGGAUCCAAUCUGAGAUGCAGUUUCAAGAAUACAUGCGAGACUGCCAAUAACAUCAAGAAGAUGCCCCUUUCUCGUGCUGUGCGUUACCUGAAGAAUGUUAUUCGUAAGAAGGAAUGUGUACCCUUCCGCGUCUUCAAUGGAGGUGUAGGCAGGUGUGCCCAGGCUAAGGCCUGGAAGACUACCCAGGGAAGGUGGCCCAAGAAGAGUGCCCGCUUCCUUCUCGAUCUUCUAAGGAAUGCUGAAAGCAAUGCCCAGUACAAGGGCCUAGAGGUUGAACAGCUGGUGAUUGAGCACAUCCUGGUUCAGCGUGCCCGCCAGAUGCGUCGCCGCACUUAUCGUGCUCACGGUCGUAUCAAUCCCUUCAUGUCUUCACCCUGCCACAUUGAGGUGAUUCUUGCUGAAAAGGAACAAGUUGUUUCCAAGGCACAGGAUGAACCCGUUAAGAAGAAGGUAUCCAAGAAGAAGCUUGCUCGCCAAAAACUCAUGGCUGCCAGGGAAUAACUUGUAACUUCACAAUAAAGAAAAAAAGAC